UUGGCCACCCUACGCGGGUGCAGGGUUGCGGGCGAGGGCGAGCUGCGUGCGGCAGUGCGCGCCGCCAUGUUGGGCGGGACGCGCGCCUGUCUGCUGCUCGCAGCCCUGCUCACAAUCCUCUACUCAGGAUGGUGUUCAGAGGACGAGGAGCGACUGGUCCGAGACCUGUUCCGUGGGUACAACAAGCUGAUCCGGCCGGUGCAAAACAUGACCCAGAAGGUCGACGUCCGCUUCGGUCUAGCUUUCGUCCAACUCAUCAACGUUAACGAAAAGAAUCAGAUUAUGAAAUCAAACGUGUGGCUUCGGUUAGUUUGGAUGGACUACCAGCUCAUGUGGGAUGAAGCAGACUACGGUGGGAUCGGGGUGCUGCGUCUUCCCCCCGACAAAGUCUGGAAGCCCGACAUUGUACUCUUCAACAACGCUGAUGGUAACUACGAAGUUCGAUACAAGUCCAACGUUUUAAUAUACCCUAACGGAGAAGUUUUGUGGGUUCCACCAGCCAUUUACCAGAGCUCCUGUACAAUUGACGUGACCUACUUCCCGUUCGACCAACAAACUUGUAUCAUGAAAUUUGGCUCGUGGACAUUCAAUGGUGACCAGGUGUCACUCGCCUUGUACAACAAUAAGAACUUCGUCGAUUUAUCUGACUACUGGAAAUCCGGCACGUGGGACAUCAUUGAAGUGCCGGCCUACUUGAACAUUUACGAAGGAAGCCAUCCCACGGAAACUGAUAUUACCUUCUACAUCAUCAUUAGAAGAAAAACUCUGUUCUACACCGUCAAUUUGAUCUUGCCCACUGUCCUGAUCUCCUUCCUUUGCGUGCUUGUCUUCUAUUUGCCAGCCGAAGCGGGCGAAAAAGUAACCUUGGGUAUCAGCAUUUUACUGUCACUGGUUGUGUUCCUACUGCUGGUAUCGAAGAUUCUGCCGCCGACCUCACUUGUGCUGCCGCUCAUCGCUAAGUAUUUGCUGUUUACUUUCAUCAUGAACACCGUCAGUAUCCUUGUGACAGUGAUCAUUAUCAACUGGAACUUCAGAGGCCCGAGGACGCAUAGAAUGCCGUUAUGGAUACGCAGCGUGUUCUUGCACUACUUGCCAGCGGCGCUGCUGAUGCAACGACCACGGAAGACCCGCCUCCGCUGGAUGAUGGAGAUGCCAGGCAUGGGCGCACCGCCCCACUCCGCUGCGCCGGCCUCACACGACCUGCCCAAGCAUAUAAGUGCCAUCGGCGCAAAGCAGAGCAAAAUGGAGGCAAUGGAACUGUCGGACCUUCAUCACCAUCCGAACUGCAAAAUCAAUCGCGCAGCUGGUGGUGGGGAGAUGGGAGCUUUGGGCGGCCUGGGUAGUGCCCUGGGCGGCCUCGGCCUCGGAGGAGAGAGGCGAGAAUCGGAGAGCUCCGAUUCCCUCCUGCUAUCACCCGAAGCAGCGAAAGCUACAGAAGCAGUCGAAUUUAUUGCGGAGCAUUUGCGAAAUGAGGACCUUUACAUCCAGACUCGCGAAGACUGGAAGUAUGUCGCCAUGGUGAUCGACAGGCUACAGCUGUACAUCUUCUUCAUAGUCACCACAGCAGGCACAGUUGGUAUCCUGAUGGAUGCCCCCCACAUCUUCGAAUAUGUGGACCAGGACCGAAUCAUCGAAAUUUACAGAGGAAAAUAAACCCAAUUCCUCGCUCUACAAGGACUAAAAUAAAUUACCUAAAUGGCUUCCAUUUCUUGUCGCGAAUUAUAAUGCUCUUUAUUAUUUAUACCUAUAGGUAGGCUUAGAUACAAGCCUAUGAUUAUUAUAUUGGAUACAGUGUAUGGAAACACGGAUUUGAAAAUAUUUUCUUAUUCUUGCUCAUUGUUAUUAUUUGCGAGUUACAACAUAGGAAAUAUUAUAAAUAAGGAAUAAAAUUAGAUUAAUAAAAAAAUACUAACAUGGCUGUGGUCGAAAAAUUAAAGCACAAUAGUUACUGAUCCAUAAGUUGUAAGUUUGUAUUUUAACACGUUACUCAUACAUCAUUAUGUAGCUAUUAAAUGUAAAUAGUUUGCCUAUAAGGUGUUCAAUGAGAUGUCCCAAACCACAUAAAAAAAUAACAGGCGCCUCGGUAGUUUUGUUCCGUCUGUCGUGGAAAGAACAAAGCUGUGUUUUACUGUGUUAAACAUAUAAUCGAUACAAAUGAACUCUUCGAUUUCGAUCGAUCGAUAUGUUUAGGCAAAGUGUGGUCAUUGCCAUUUGCCAUCAAGCAAGCCACUAUAUGCUUGUAGUACAGUCAAUCUGUAGGUUGAGUGGUGAAAAAAAAACCUAAAGGGUAAGGCUUGUUUUUUCUGUUGCCAAAUAAUGUCAGUAAGCCACCUUGGCGAUGGGCAUGUUCAACUCGUAGGCGUUUUUUGAAAAACUCAAUAAAACCGUCAAAAUUUUUUUGAAACGCAUUUUUCUUGUUUUGUAUGCAUUUUAGAAGCUUUUUUUUUUCGACCAUAAUUGUAGAGGGCGUUGAGUACUACAAUUUAUGUCCUUGUUGCAAUCUCGUACAACAAAAAAUGCGCAUUGUAGGUGGCGCUAAAGUCUCAAAAAAAGUGUUUUUUCACUUUUUC